UUUUUAAUCCGUUUUGAUGAUAAAGUACUUACUUUUAGUAUGUUUGAUCACAACACCUUUUGCCUAAACACCAGAGGCGGUAGUAACUCAUUAUGAUUUGGAUGGCAAUUUGAUUUAGGAAGAUAGCUCCUUACAAGGAUCUGAUGACAUUGAUAGCAUGAAUUCAAUGAGCAUGAAUUAAUAAGAUUUUGAUUCAGGUAGCAUAGAUACAAUUGGAACUGACAGCAUGGAUUAUUCUACCCCAGAAAUAUAAUCUAAUGAAAGUAGCAAUAUAGAAUCAUCAAUGAAUUAAGAAUAAAAUAUGACUGAUAGCAUGAAUAUGGACUCUUAAUAAAUGAAUUCAGAGGAUUCAAUGAAUAUAAACAAUAAUGUUGAGAAUUCUAUGCCUGAGUUAGAUUCUAUGUAUAGCAUUAAUGAUCCUAAUGAUAUUAGUGCUUAAGAACCAGAACAAUAAAUUACUUAAGAUGCAAAUGUUAUUGAAAGCAAUGAGUUUGUUAAUUAAAUAGAAAACAAUAAUUUGAUUGCCGAAUCAAAUUAAAUAAGUAAUGUAGAUCCAAACAAUAUUGAAACAUCAAAUGAUAAUUAAAUUGAUGUUUAAAAUAUUUUAGAAUCAAAUAUAGGAUUUACUGACAGUAAUAUCUCAAAUACUUACAAUUAAAAUGAAGUUGAUCCAAAUAUGGCAUUUGAUGUUCUUACAAACACAGAAACUUUAUAAUCAACUUCAGAAAUAGAAAAUGGAUUUGUAUAAAGUGGAAUUAGUGUAGAAAAAACUUAAAGUAAAAAGACUCCAGUUGUUUAGAAUGAGGAAGGUGAUCCUGUUGAAGGUUAAGGAGGUUCAGGAGAAGGUUAACCUGGGUAAACAGGUGGUUAGACUGAUGAUUAAACAAAUGAUUAACAUGAACGUGAACAUCAAGAAGAAAAUUAAGUUGAACAUUAAGGAGAAAAUUAAGGUGAACAUCAGGAAGAAAAUUAAGGUGAACAUCAAGAAGAAAAUUAAGGUGAACAUCAAGAAGAAAAUUAAGGUGAACAUCAAGAAGAAAAUUAAGGUGAACAUCAAGAAGAAAAUUAAGGUGAACAUCAAGAAGAAAAUUAAGGUGAACAUCAAGAAGAAAAUUAAGGUGAACAUCAAGAAGAAAAUUAAGGUGAACAUCAAGAAGAAAAUUAAGGUGAACAUCAAGAAGAAAAUUAAGGUGAACAUCAAGAAGAAAAUUAAGGUGAACAUCAAGAAGAAAAUUAAGGUGAACAUCAAGAAGAAAAUUAAGGUGAACAUCAAGAAGAAAAUUAAGGUGAACAUCAAGAAGAAAAUUAAGGUGAACAUCAAGAAGAAAAUUAAGGUGAACAUCAAGAAGAAAAUUAAGGUGAACAUCAAGAAGAAAAUUAAGGUGAACAUCAAGAAGAAAAUUAAGGUGAACAUCAAGAAGAAAAUUAAGGUGAACAUCAAGAAGAAAAUUAAGGUGAACAUCAAGAAGAAAAUUAAGGUGAACAUCAAGAAGAAAAUUAAGGUGAACAUCAAGAAGAAAAUUAAGGUGAACAUCAAGAAGAAAAUUAAGGUGAACAUCAAGAAGAAAAUUAAGGUGAACAUCAAGAAGAAAAUUAAGGUGAACAUCAAGAAGAAAAUUAAGGUGAACAUCAAGAAGAAAAUUAAGGUGAACAUCAAGAAGAAAAUUAAGGCGAACAUCAAGAAGAAAAUUAAGUUGAACAUUAAGAAGAAAAUUAAGGCGAACAUCAAGAAGAAAAUUAAGGCGAACAUCAAGAAGAAAAUUAAGAAGGUUAAUAAAACGAGCUUAAAGCAUCAGGAUCUUCAAAUAACAAAUAAUUAGUUUAAGGAAACUGUAUUAUUAUAUAUUCAUAAUGCAAUUUUAAGGGAGAAGCUUUAGAAGCUUGUAACAGUCUUAGUGAAAUUGAGUAUUCUUUUUCUUUAUUUUAGGGAAUUCAAAGCUUAAAUUAGAUCAAUUUAUAUUCCAGAAGGCUUAGGUUUGACAGUCUAUGAUGGUGAGAACUAUACUGGAAAUAUGCAUAAAUUCAAAACAUCUUAAGAGUGUUUGACCACUCCUUUGUCAUUUGCACAAUUAGCCAAUUAAGGCAAUUAAUUGAAAGGACAAAAUUUGAGGUCUAGAUAAUGAAAUCAUUAUACCCAUAAUAAUAUUAAUCUGGAU